AUGACUGGCAGUCCACUUAAGAGACUUUCCUGGAGUGACUCACAUGCCUUUGAUUCAAAGCACGGACAAGAUCCUGAAGGUUCCCAUGAGGCGCAUGAGAAGAAAUCAAAAGAGGAGAAAAGGAGACUGGCAGCCAGUCAUUGGAGCACAGAUGUACAGUGCCUCAUUUCAUCUUCUAAAUGGCUUCGACGUUAUGGUCUCAAAAGAAACAAACUGUCCCUAUCCCAGAUUUUGUCACAGAUUGGAUUCCAGCACAGGAAAGAUUAUGUGACCACCCUGGGGAAACCUGUGGCUUCUCAGUAUGCAGAUGAUCUGUUUCCUCAGGACGAGAGAGCACAGGACAGCAGUGUGUAUCACCUGACAGCCAAGAAAGAACCGAUUCUUCAUUUUGUGGAUUGUCUAAUGGGAGCUAUUGAGCUAUAUGAGCAGCGACUGGAAUGGUUAACCAGUGAGAGCCGGCAGAUAUUCGGAGUGAUUCAAGAACAGUACAUUGUCAUUGUCUUGGAUUUUGGCACUGCAGCUCCUGCUGAGUUCAGACUGUGCCGGGAUGCACUCACCAUGGUACUCGUGGAACAGGUGAUCCAAAUCGCCAGAUUCAACCUCAUCUGGGCAGCUCAGGAUCUUACCAAGUGGCAAGAGAAAGCUGCUGCUGUGUGUGAUCAGACCGUGCAGUCUGCUGUGAGGUGGCUCUGGAAGCUGGACCAUAUGACAGCUGUCAGCCACACCAAGGCUGCUGAAGCCCUGCUGGAAGCCAUGGGUGAUGAGGCGGUUGAAGCUGUUUAUUACUUUGCUGUGGGUGAUGUUCCAGAGCACACAAAGCAGCUACUCCUUGAGAAGGUUUCUGAUGGCCCCUGUCCAGUCCACACUGUGUCUUUCAAUGCUAGGGAAGAUGAAACUAUUAUUUUCCUGAAGAAGUGGAGCUGCUUGGCCUCUGGCAGAUUCCAUGCUUUUACUGAGAAGAAUGACUACAGAGCUGCUACUGGGCCUGCACUGAAAUAUGAAGAGGAUGGAAAAGGUCUAAUUGCUUUGAACUCCAGAAAAGUGGAAGGACGAAUACCACUAGUAGCUGGUGUCCGUGUAGAUGUCUUUUUGAUCUGGAAGGAGCUGGAGGAAGCCAGGAGUACACUGAGACAAGUUCAGAACAUUUUAUCAGAAUCUGACCAGGCUGCUCCUCAAGAUGCAAUCAGAGAUGAUCAUCUGCUACAAAUGGACAUAUCUGACAAAGAUUGGACUUCUGAGAAGUGGUUGCAGAAGUAUGGCUUGAAAGCUCAGAAGCUCACACUGUAUGAUGUCCUUGCUGAUUGCACUUUUCGUCACGUACAUGGGAAUGUUGGCAUAAAAACUAAACCAGGGGGUGAAUCUUCACGAACUGAUGCUGACACAAAGAGGAAGGUAACUCAUGCAAGAUAUUGUGACAAGUUUGCACAUACCCUCUGGAAAGAUGGAUCUACAGAUCCAUCAGUUCAUGUAUAUGUUAGUACAGAAAAGUAUAAGCAGUAUGAAGAGAAAAUGAGGACAGCUCUCAGUGAAUUGGAAGGAAGGAUUAAGUGGCUUCAAGAAGGAAGCAGAAGGCUCUUUGGGAAUGUGGUUGAAGAUGAUAUCUGUGUUCUUAUUGAUACAUCCCAGUCCAUGAACAAGAAGCUGCCACUGGUGAAGCAAAAAAUAUUUCAGCUCAUACAGGAACAACUGAGACACAAAAAGAGAGUGAACUUUGUGAAAUUCAGUGCCCAAGCAGUGGCGUGGCAAGAGAAACUUGCUGAUGUUAAUGAGGAAAAUCUGCAAGAUGCUUGGCUUUGGAUAAAAGGGCUUGAGGUCGAAAGUUCCACAAAUAUACUCAAAGCUCUCCAGGUGGCUCUUGCUGAUGCUGACACUCAGGCUAUUUAUCUCUUGACUGAUGGGAGACCUGACCAGCCCCCCCAGAUAAUUCUGGCUGAGGUCCAGCAGCAUUGUAAAAUUCCUAUCCAUACUGUAUCCUUCAACUGUGACGAUAUAGAAGCUAAUAAGUUUUUGUAUGAACUUUCGACCAAAACAGAGGGACAGUUUCACCAUUGCAACAUUUAUUUGACUGAUCCUGAUGCUGCAAAAUUUGUUAAUGAAGACAUAGAUCUUUUGAAAAGAGAGAUUGAUCAAGGAGAAAGAGACCUAGAGAAAGUGAAGGCCUUUCACACCAAAAGUAUGAUGAUGGAUUGUUGUAAUGAAGAAAAUUAUCCAGAGAAAAACAGGGAGUUGUGCUGUGCUUUGGAAGAGCCAGUGCAGACACCACAUCAGCAAACCUGGCAAACCACUGCUGACAACCCAACCCCAAGGAAGAAAUCAUUACAUGCAGGCCAAACAAAGACAAGUCUGCUGCGAAUCCUGAGCCACGGUGUGAAAUCUGAAGAAGGCCCAGAGGAAGGACUAUUUCCCAAGAAGAAGAGUUUUUCUGUCAAAAAGAGUGUGAAACGCCCAACCAUUUCCAAAGGCAAGUUGAUGAAACAGGAAGCUCUGAGUGGGGCAGAUCUGGAAAUGCAGAAUGUGAAAAGGACAUCAAAAAGCUCUCUAGGUAUCCCUUCAGCUGUUUGGUUGAAGACCCAUGGCUUGGCUGCUAGGCGACUCACCAUUGGGGAUGCCUUGGCUCCUACAACUCUCCCUUAUGGCACCAAAUCCAUCCCAGUUCUGCACAAACACGUAGGCUCUAAAGUAUCUCAUGAGAUGUUCCCGUCGGUCCAUGUUACCAGUGACAAGAAGAGGAUCCCACUAAUUAAUCCUCAGGCAGUGAAUCUUGAUGCCUAUAAAGAGAAACUGGAGCAAGCAAUUAAAUCCUAUGAAAGGCGCCUAAACCUAGUUGUUUGGAGAGCACUGCCUCAGGAGGAAAGAGACAAAUUUAAAGAGAAUGGGCCAGUUCAAUACAUGCAUCAUAAAGAGGCUUUGCUGGAGGCUCUAGAGAAUUUGGGAUGGCCAAUUUCCUAUGAAGACAUAAAACUGUUAGAAGAUGAGAUACUGACAGCAUUAAGAUAUGCACAACAAGCCUCUGAUCUUCAGGAAGCUGUCAAAAAGGAAAUGGAGAAAAGCUCAGAAUUGCACAUAAGCAGCAAUAAAAAG